AUGGAUAUUGAUGAACAGAAAAAUGAUGAAGAAAUUAUACAAGCAAAUGUAUUUUCUGUGAAUAUCAAGGAUUCUGAAGACCAGAAAUUCAAUAAUUUGAAUUUACCAGAGAACAUGAAGAUUGUAGAGUUCAAACAAGGACUUAAUGAGACAUCAUUCAUCAUCCAAUCUCUCAAACUUCAUUUCAUAUUUUACAAUUUGAGUGAAGAAGAAUUGUAAUUAUCUUAAUACAAAUGAGUAGAACUUAAGUAGCCAAUAAGAUGUUCUAUUGUGAAGCACAGUCUGGAACAUACCUCUUCAGACAAGGAGAUCAGGCUCAAUGCUUUUUCAUAAUCCAUCGUGGGAGUAUGGGAGUGACUGUCGAUGAUAUUGUAUUGAUAUUCAAAAUAUAUAUAUGUUCAUAGCCGAAAAGAGAACUUAGAGCUGGUGAAGGCUUUGGAGAGUUGGCUUUGUUAUACACUUCUCCUAGAUCUGCAUCAGUAAAAUGCUUUGAGAAUUGUUUUCUCUUUGGAAUAGAUAGAGUGAGUUUUAGAAGGGCUGUGGAAGACAAAAUAUUACAAGAAUAUGAAGAAAACAGGAAGUUUUUAGAAAAUGUUAGAUUUUUUUGUAAAUAAAGAUAAAUUAAUCUAUAUAGAUGAUCUUACAAAUGAAUAGAAGGAUGCCAUUGCCUCAAUCUUAAAAACCCUUAAAUUUUAUAGAUAGCAAAUGGUAGUCACUGAGGGAGAUCCAGGGUCUUCCUUCUACAUAAUUAAAGAUGUAAUUUAUAUACAAAUGAUUUAAGGGUACUGCAAUGGUAACCAAGAAUGGGAAGGAAAUAAAGAAGUUACACAAGGGUGAUACCUUUGGUGAGCAAUCACUAUUCUAUAAUACUAUAAGAUAGAUGUCUGUUAUGGCUGAAGAUGACGUAACUUGUUUGGUUGUUGGAAGAGAUGCAUUAACUAAAUUAUUAGGAGAUUAAAUCCAUAUUGUAACAUUUCGAAAUCUAUUGAAAUGGGCAUUUGAAAAGAAUGCUCUUUUGCAAAAGUUAACAAAGACCCAGAUUGAGAAGACUAUUAAUUAACUCAAAUUAACACUCUAUAGAGCUGGUGAUAUAAUUAUGAAGAAAGGAACAUCAGUCCAAUAGAAGAUUAUUGUAGUAGUAGAAGGGUGUGUGAAGAAGAACAAGUCAGGUAUAGUGAUUGCAACGAAAGGAUAGGUAUGGGGAGAAGAAUACUUUCUUAUUAUUAAUAAAAACAAAUUGUAUAACCAUAUCUUAUAUUUUCAGAUUGGAUGAUGAUAUUGUGAUGGAAACAGAUGGAGUAUUGGCAGAAAUGAGUCAUGAAAAUUUCAUUGAUUCAAUAGGAGGAUUCCUAGAAGAAGUCAUUAAAAAGAAUGAAAAGUCUCAAGAUAAGAAAAUGAAAUAUCAGAUUAAAUAGAAUAAUUAUGCAUCCAUUAAGAAAUCAGAUUUAAUUUUUAUUAAGCAAUUAGCUGUUGGUCAAUUUGGACCUGUCUAUCUAGUUAAGGCCAAAUCCAAUCAGCAACUCUUCACAUUAAAAACCUAUAACAAAUUAGAUAUUAAAUCAUACUAAUUGGAAAGGUACACUAUCUCUGCUAACUAGGUUUUUUGAAACAGAAAAGUAAAUACUUGAAUCCUUGCAAUCCCCCUUUAUUAUUAAAUUUUAUAGAACUUUCCAGGAUGAUUAUGAUCUGUUCUUACUCCUCGAAUUUGUGAAUGGCAAAGAAUUAUAUGAUGUAAUUCGUGACAUUGGUACAACAUCUAUUAAUUAAUCAAUAGGGUUACUCUCUAGUUAUGAUUCUUAAUUGUAUAUUGCAUCCAUGAUAUUAAUUGCUGAAUCCUUCUACAAAUAAAAAAUAAUACACCGUGACAUUAAACCUGAAAAUUUCAUGGUAGAUUCAAAAGGAUACUUAAAAUUAAUUGAUGUUGGAAUUGCAAAGCCAUUCUCUUCAAAAUCUGAACUUAAUAGAACUUUUACAAUUAUUGGAACUCCAUAUUGUAAAAUUAUAAUUAUUAUUCAGAUAUGGCACCUGAAGUGAUUUGUGGCAAAGGGUACAAUAAUCUAGUUGAUUUAUGGUCUAUUGGGAUUUGUUUAUUUGAAUUCCUCUGCGGAUAAGUACCAUUUGGUGAAGAUGCUGAAGAUCCGUAUGAAAUUUAUGAGUAGAUAAUUAAGAAUGAUAUCAUAUACCCAUAGUAUUUCAAAGAGAAGAAGGCCAAAAAGCUAAUAGAAUAGUAAUCAUAUGAUUUUGAAUUAGGUUGCUUUCGAGAAUUCCUGAAGUUAGAUUAGGAAAUUCCUUUGCAAAUCUGAAAGGACAUCAAUGGUUUGAAAACUUUGAUUGGGUACAUAAAAGUUUCAUAUAUAAAAUAGGAUAAAUUAAUAGAUUUAGAUAUUCCUAAUCGAUAUAUUCCUAAUUAAGAUUAAUUGAUUACUAGUGUAGAUAUCAAACAAGCUGAUUAGCAGCAUAGAAUGGUUGAUGAAGAAAUCAAAGUACAUUAAUUGCAUUUACAUAUAAUUUAGCAUGAACAACAAUCACGUCAAACGCUAGAAAAAAUAGUUUUUGAUGGACCAUUAAAUGAUUUUUGAUAUACAUAUUUGUU